CAGAAGUCGCGCUCGGGCUCCCCGCGCGCUCGCAGCCGGAACGAGGCUCCAGGCGCUGGCGCCGGGGCCGCGGGAGGAGACGAGUUCGCUCCUCUCCCCGCGGCGGGCGCGGCCUCCUCGGCCCGAAGAGCGGCGGCGGCGGCCUCCCAGGCGCGGCACCACGGAGGGCCCUACAGUCCCCAGAGGCCGCCUACCAACCUUCCUUAGGACUGAUCUGGGCUUCAUUGGAAAACCGGACGGAAGGCCCCACGAUUGAUGAGUUUGCUGUGGGACUCAGUGCAGAGGUGAAACCAAAGGCAAACAUGGGUCAGAAGGUCACUGGAGGGAUCAAGACCGUGGACAUGAGGGACCCCACGUACCGGCCCCUGAAGCAGGAGCUCCAGGGCCUGGACUACUGCAAGCCCACCCGCCUGGACCUGCUGCUAGACAUGCCCCCCGUGUCCUACGACAUCCAGCUGCUCCACUCAUGGAAUAACAAUGACCGAUCGCUCAAUGUCUUUGUGAAGGAGGACGACAAGCUGAUCUUUCACCGGCAUCCGGUGGCCCAGAGUACAGAUGCCAUCAGGGGCAAAGUUGGGUACACACGUGGGCUGCAUGUUUGGCAGAUCACGUGGGCCAUGAGGCAGCGGGGCACACACGCUGUGGUUGGGGUGGCGACAGCGGAUGCCCCCCUGCACUCUGUCGGGUACACAACCCUCGUGGGGAACAACCAUGAGUCUUGGGGCUGGGACUUGGGGCGCAACCGGCUCUAUCAUGAUGGCAAAAACCAACCAAGCAAAACAUACCCGGCCUUUUUGGAGCCGGAUGAGACAUUUAUUGUCCCCGACUCCUUCCUUGUGGCCCUGGACAUGGAUGACGGGACUCUGAGCUUCAUUGUGGACGGACAGUACAUGGGAGUGGCUUUUCGAGGACUCAAGGGCAAAAAACUAUAUCCUGUAGUGAGUGCCGUCUGGGGCCACUGUGAGAUCCGCAUGCGCUACUUGAAUGGACUUGACCCCGAGCCCCUGCCGCUCAUGGAUCUCUGCCGCCGCUCAGUGCGCCUGGCCCUCGGGAAGGAGCGUCUGGGUGACAUCCACACGCUGCCGCUGCCGGCCUCUCUCAAGGCCUACCUCCUCUACCAGUGACCCUCCACCCUGCAUCGCCAGCGCGACAGCUACCUGGUGCCACCUCGCCGGCCUGCCGCCGUGCGGUACCCUGUGCCUCGGACUGGCAUCCGGCCGCGGGAAGACGUCCCUGCUCUUCCUCUCCAUCCUCCCCGCUGCCCCUGCCGGACGCUGACCGCUCGACACAGGCUCCUCUGUCCCCAUGCUGACAUUGGCAGAAGUCCCCUGCAUGCCGUAUCACAGUCCCUCUUUGGAAAAAAACACAGAGAACAGACUCCUAGGAAGCCCUACACUGAGCUCCAGUAUGCCCUCGGGGUGGCUCGGGGACCCCCCCCCCACCUGCCAGGUCCCAGGAGGAGGUGCCCUGGCCCCAAGAGCAGACCCCAGGGUGACUAAGAGAUGCUCAGAUGAGGGCUGGUGCUGAGGCCAGGGGGGCCGUGGCACAGCAGACAACGCUCAGGACAUCAGAAACUCCCCCACGGACACCCAGGCAGAAGCCAAGACUUUCCCCAGGCACAUGAGCACCCAGCAUCACCACGGCUGUCAGCCCUCCCCCGGUACCCUGUAUUUAUUCUUUUAACAAUAACGAAAGCCAUUUAUUUAUUCCAUUUAGAAAGGAAACCUUGUUUCAUUCUCCUCUCUCUGGGGUGUUCUGUAGCUCUUCCUCUACCUGCCCCUCCCGGGGACAUGUGUGCCUCACCUGCCCCUCUCAUUGGGCUGUGUCUGUGGUAUGUCCUCACGUGGGCACAGUGGUGUCUUUAUGUGGGUCCCCGGGCCCACAGUUUCCUGGGGGCUCUGCUCCGAGUUUCCGAGCACGCCCCUCAGGGAACAUUAGCCUCAUGUGCAAUAUGAGAGUCUUAGGGGACCUGUCUGCAGGAGCCGUGGCAGCUCCCUGUGUCUCCAGGUAGUCACCUAACCACUCCAGCUCCUACGUCUUUGCACAUGGUUUUACUUCUUAGUCUUCUGUGGGGGGGUUGCUUUUUGCUUUUGCCUCCCCAGCUGAGAUCUCCCAUGUGCAGCCUCAGAAGCUCUGGCUUCCCAAGAACUAAGAAGGGAGGAUGGGUGGGGUCUGCAGCCCCAGAGAAGCCAGGGGCGCGGCGGGGUUGGGAGAGCAGAGUGAGGUGCCCCUCGGAAGCCAGCACAGGCCUCCACAUAGUGUUCCUGUCCGGGCUUUGCAUCCGAGUGGAGCAGCCUCAGCUCAUCACGACCCCCCAGAGCCACACGAGGAGCAGGGCGGGGUGAGGAGGGGCAGCCAGCAGAAGAGGGCCACCUGUGCCCUGCCACGGCCCCCCCACGUAGCAGACCCCAGCCCCUGCCACUGUACUCACCGCUUCUUCGAUCUUGAAGUCAACUCUCUUAGAAUCUGACUUCUGUUCAUUUCUGUACAGGUACAAUAGAUGACUUUAUUUGUUUAAAUGUUUAAUAUAUAUACAUAUAUAUUUGUCUGUAAGAAUUAUGUUUUAAACAGCUGCUGUAGGGUACCUUUAAAAAAAAAAAAAGUCUUCCAGUGGAGUAUAUUUUUUAAAGCACAAAAUUGGUGCCAAGUCUGGGUGAGGAAUGUAAAUUACCCCCUUAUUAUUUUGAGGUUUUUUUCCAGGGGGGAGGAAGGGGAGGAAACCUUACCUAUAAGACUCUUAAAGACAUUUUCUCACUCCUGUUUCAGGGUGGGUCAUGUUCUCAUGAAUGUUGCACACGAGAGAGUUUUACUUACACCGAUCCCAGCCUUACUGCCUUGACCCAGCCGUCUCCCACGGACGCUGGAUGAAUUGUGGGCUCUUGGUCAUCUCUCUGCACCUCUGUCCCCGGCUUCCCAAACCUCAGCCCCACCCUUCUUUCCUCUCAGCUCAGAACCUUGUGACCUGUACAGUUUUGAAACACCCGUUCUAUUUUAUGAUGGUUAAUAAUAGUCAGUAACCUAAUAAAGGAAAGUUUAUUAAAAUACAAAACCA